GAGGUCAUCCAGAGUCCAACAAAACCUAGCGGUUUGGAAGCAGGUGCGGAGAUCGGAGAGAGGCUUGGACACUUUGUUUUCUCGCAGUCUCACUCCCUCUCAGUGGUAAAAUUAAUGGGGAGUAGGGUUCCAGUGCAGCACUGCAACCUGAGAUCAGCUGGAUCCUUCAUUGCCACCAACUCUCUCCAUGAUCUCAACACCGUCGAUUCUCGUCCCUCUAACCUCGAUUCCAUGUCCGCAGACGCCGAUCAUACCUUGAACGCAGACGAUGAUUCCGAUGCUGUUGACUGCAUUCAUGAUUCCUAUAGCAAUUCCUUACCACUUCACAGUGUAGGGGUCGAAGAAGAUCACACUAGCCUUGAGAACACUGGGUCUUCUGGAGGUGCAUACGAUAUAUUGACAUUUGAUGAUGUUUCACCUAUCGAAUCUGCAAGAGCAAGAUUUUUGCAAAUAAUUGUGGAUCACUUUAUUAGUGACCAUGUGAUUGAAGUGGCUGAUAAUGAGUCAGAGUAUGCUGCUCAACCGGGACAGGAUAAACUAACUAAGAGGAAAUCUGGAGAUAUGCAAUAUGAAGGUGAUCCGAGGUUCGCUUUGCCGUUGAUGUAUGUUGCUAAUUUGUAUGAAACUCUAGUGAAUGAUGUGAAUAUGAGAUUGGCUUCUUUGAAUGGUGUUCGUGAUAAGACCAUUGGAGUAGCCCUUGAAGCAGCUGGUGGUUUGUAUAGAAGAAUGGCCAAGAAAUUUCCCAAAAAAGGUUCUUGUAUAUUUAAAAGAAGAGAAUUGGCAACUUCUCUUGAAACAAGGACCAGAUUUCCAGAAUUAGUAAUACAAGAAGAGAAGAGAGUUCGCUUCGUGGUGGUCAAUGGUUUAGAUAUAGUCGAGAAACCAAGUAGUAUGCCUAUUGUAGAUGCUGAGUGGUUUAGACGAUUGACAGGUCGGAUUGAAGUUGCUGUCUCUGCUCAAGAUUAUAAAUUCUACUCCCCAAGGCACAAGUUUAGGCGUGUUUUGUCUAAUAUUCCUGGUUUGGCUACACUUCCUACAGAAGAUAAUUCUUCAACAAUGACUACUGCACAAGGAUUCCGAUCUGUAAGUGAACCACAAAACGAGCAGCAGACUCCUUCGAAGCAUCAUGUGCAACUGUUGUCACAUCAACCUCAGUUUCACCCAAUAAACCAGAACCAUCAUCAAGAAGUUCAUCAAAGUCAACAUGCAACCCAAUUUUCUCAAAAUCAUCAAUGUGGGCCACCUUCACACAUGCCUGAAAUUGCUCAUGCUACCCAGUCUCCAACCAUUCCUCAGCACAUGGUCUACUUGCAGCCCCUCGCAGGAGGCCAUGUUGGAGGGCGCUUGCAUUCAAUGCCUACGAGUCCACCGAAGUAUUGUGAUGAAUGUGGAGCUCCAUAUCUAAGAGAAACCUCCAAGUUCUGUUCCGAAUGUGGUACGAAGAGGCUAGGAACAUGAAACUAUGGUAAAAAACAUCCUUUUCUGAUCCUAUGAUAUACUCAUCUCCGCCAUUGUAAAAUUGUUGGUGCUUGAUACGAGUUGACUGUUAACUUUUUUUAAAAUAUCUAAACUUCCCUUUUCAAGUAUUUUUGUUUUUUUA